CUCUGAUUUGUUUUUGUGGGCUUAUCCAAGUAUCGUAGCCCCUACCAUACCCUAAUUUUCUUUCUUCAAACCGCGCGCGCUCCUCACUUCCACUUCGUCCUCCGACUACGUUGCCGGAAAUUGCCGCGGCGGCGCUCCUUGUCGCCGCAGCUCCGUUCUCUCUCUCUUCUCAAACCCUAGAGAGAGCAAAAUUCUAAAACCCUGAAAUUCGAAAACCCUAAUUCUCUUGUCGAGUUCGUAGGAUAGUUACAGCCAUGUAUGGCGGUGAUGAAGUAUCAGCAAUAGUAAUUGACUUGGGUUCACACACUUGUAAAGCUGGUUAUGCUGGUGAAGAUGCCCCCAAGGCUGUGUUUCCCUCUCAUGAAAGUGUUAUUGUGCUCUCAGUUGAUAAUGAAGUGUGCACUGGCAUCUUCUGUGGUCAUUGGCUAUUACUGCUUGAUAGUGUAAUUAGGUUGCUGGGGCAAUUGAUCAAAUGGAUGUUGAUGAAGCAGAUAAUGCUGAAAAGAACUCUGCCUCUCCUGCGGAAUCCAAGAACAAUCUUAGAAAUGCUGAUUCUGAUAAGGGCAAGGGAAAGAGGAAACUGUAUGUAGGAUCCCAGUCCUUGGGGUACCGUAGAGACCAUAUGGAGGUGCUGUCUCCGUUUAAGGAUGGAAUUGUUGCUGACUGGGAUAUUGUUGACAGCAUAUGGGAUCAUGCCUUCAGGGAGUGCCUAUUGAUUGAUCCUAAAGAGCAUCCUAUGCUCCUUGCAGAGCCUUCCUCUAACUCUCAACAGCAGAGAGAAAGGACAGCAGAGCUUAUGUUUGAGAAGUACAAAGCACCUGCCUUGUUCUUGGCAAAGAAUGCUGUUUUGACUUCUUUUGCAUCAGGGCGUGCUACAUCAUUAGUUGUUGAUAGUGGUGGAGGAUCAACUACAAUUGCACCGGUACAUGAUGGUUAUGUUCUUCAAAAGGCUGUGGCAACCUCUCCAAUUGGAGGAGAAUUUCUUACAGACUGCUUGAUGAAAAGCUUGGAAAGCAAGGGUGUCGUGAUAAAACCACGGUAUUCCUUUAGGAGAAAGGAAAUACGCCCUGGAGAGUUUCAGACUGUAGAUCUUAAUUUUCCAAAUACAACUGAAAGCUACAAACUCUACUCCCAGAGGGUGAUUGGUAGUGAUAUCAAGGAAUGUGUGUGCCGUGCUCCAGAUACUCCAUAUGAUGAGAGUGCAUAUUCAAACAUCCCAAUGACCCCAUAUGAGCUUCCUGAUGGCCAGACAAUUGAAAUUGGAGCUGACAGAUUUAAAAUUCCAGAUGUUCUUUUCAAUCCGUCUCUGGUUCAGUCAAUUCCUGGCAUGGAGAGCUUUACAGAAAUUGCUCCUUCAGUUCGUGGCCUACCCCAAUUGGUCAUAGAAAGCAUUAAUAAAUGUGAUGUAGACAUUCGAAGAGAAUUAUUUAGUAGUAUACUGCUUGCUGGUGGUACGGCUUCUAUGCAACAACUGAAAGAACGCCUUGAGAAAGACUUGCUAGAGGAGUCCCCUCAAGCUGCUAGAGUUAAAGUAUUGGCCAGUGGAAAUGCUACUGAAAGAAGGUUUAGUGUUUGGAUAGGGGGUAGUAUAUUGGCAUCCCUUGGCUCCUUCCAGCAAAUGUGGUUCUCCAAAUCCGAGUAUGAAGAGCAUGGAGCUUCGUAUAUCCAAAGGAAGUGUCCUUGAGUUGCUAGUGGUACGCGUAUAAGUUAUUUUCCUUCCAGUGGUUAUCUUGAUGACUUCAGGAAGUCCUAUGAACACUGAAGUAGUGCUUAUCUACUAAUGGAUUUUUCAUUCCUAUUAAUGGCCAUUCCCAUUAGAUCCGAUUCUAACUACAUUAUUGACCUCAGUAUGCAUCACAGCCCAGCUAUAACUAAUCUAUAUUGAUGUAAAGUAAAGUGUGCCUAGAGUCUGUCUGUAACAAUCUUCAUUUAUCAGAUUAGAUUUCUCUUCUCUAUACGUCUCUAUUUUGUCUUCUCUUUUUUUCCCUUUCAAUUUUAGGUAUGUUUUGUCAUGACUUGAACCUGCGUUCUUAUUGAGCAAAAAUAAAUAAAUAAAUAA